CACUUUGUGGCCUGUGCCAGCACACAGCAGACUCCAUCUUGAAUGAUCAAGAGCGCUGAACUUGAAUAGAAUCGCGUGUUUUCAUACGGUUCCGAACGUUUGUGUUAAUUGUUUAUUUAUUUCAGAAUAGGAUUUUAUACCACUUAAAGGAAAAUAUCACUUAAGGGUAGAAAUGUGCGUUACAAAAGCACAGUUUCUUGCAAGUGAGUGGGGAAAAAGAUUAAAAGGACGCCUAAUGGUCGAUUAAACGUACAUUUGAGCGUUUAAAAAUGCAUAAUUGUGUUUUAGGAUAAAGUGAAGCACAGGAGUUGAGGAGAGCUCCUCUCACAAGGGGUUGGGUUGCCGUGCCGAUUGGCUGCUGUUCAUAGACACAUACAGUCACGGGCUUGAAACAGAACCAGGGGCAGGUCGACAGCAAAGGAAACCAUAAUCAUUGAAAAUGAAAAGUACAACGUCCGCAUCGUAACCCAGAGGUACGUUGUGACUCAGACAUCGCGCACUGGAAAGCUUCCUCUCUGUGUUCUCUGGCCUACUACUGCAGCUGCGGCUGGGAUUUUCUUGAUCCACUUUCACAAUUUGGAAAAAAAGGUCAUUUCACGCGCACAAACGAAGAGUUUUCAAUAUGAAUAAGACUGGCCAACAUUUAAAUGAUAAUGUAGCAGAGCCGUUAUGAUUCGGUCACAUGUGCUUAGUCUCAGUAAUUCAACACAUUGCCGUACCUGUCCACAGGUGCUGGAUCUGAUUGACUGUACAUGGAAAACAUCACCCAUAGGCAGACAGGCACUUGGCUUUGACCCUGGCCCUUCCUGUCUCGUCUGUCCGUGGGUUAAAAACUUAAGAGCCAUAGUUUACUUACUUAUCAUCUCUAGAGAAGCCUUGGAGAUCUGAGCCUUUGCCUCUGCCUGACAGGGACCCACAAGGCUUAUGGAACAAUGUGUGCACGAUGAACUCAGAUUGGUGUGUGGUAGCCAGACUGACUUAUUGACACAUCUGUCUCAAAAUGGAUGCAGCUCUGACUGACAGCUGCACGUCCCCACCUAGCCCUGAUUUUAGUCUGGAUUCAUCCAGUCCAUUUGCAAAUGGACUGCACUUUGAUUCAAUUCUGUUUGAAGACGAGGAUGAGGAUGAAGUUAUGGAUCCAGAGACAUUGUCUCAGCUGGAAAGAGCCUCGUGUGGCUCAACGAGAGAUCAUACAACAAAUACAAAUUCAAAGACAAAAUUGGAUGUCAAGCCUAGAAGCAAAAUUUCAAAGGCUAGCUCAUCCUUGGGGCAAGAAGUCGUCUUUGAAGACAAGUCUAAAAGUGAUUGUGGGCUUUCUUCUCUUGUAAGCAGGCCUGCCGGGAUUAUAAUGACAAAAAAAAUGAAAACAAAGGCUCUACCACCAGUGAAAUAUUUAGAGGGUGAAGUUAUAUGGGCUAAAUUCAACCGUAGACCAUGGUGGCCAUGUCAGGUGACUGUUCACCCAGUUGAGGGAGUUUACCACAGAAUUAAAGAGCCACCAGAUAGGACCAAUCGUCAGUAUUUCCUCAAGACAUUUGGGGAACCUGAAGAACAAGCAUGGGUUCCUGAGCGAUCUACUCAUAUAUUUGUGGGUGGAUAUCAGUUUAACAAUCUCCCUUUUGUGAGGGGAAGUGGACGUCAACAAGAUGAAAACACCAGACACUCUAUACCCAAGCGUUUUCUAAACUCUUGGAGAGAUAGUGUGGUUGAAGCGGAAGCACUUCUCCUGGAGAAGCCAAGGGUCACCACUCCAUGCUCAGACUUCUCCAAAACAAUCUCUGAAGGAACCACAAAUAACACAGAAAACAAAGUGUCUGUGCCAGUGGAAUUACCCAACAUUAGUCUUCUGAGCAAUGGAACAGUUACACAAAAAGACCACCUGAACACCUUACCACAUAAUCAGGGGUCUAAAAACAAAAAGAAACAAAGAAAGUCAUCAACACUUUUAAAAACAUCUGAAGAAUUUCAUUACGAGAAGGAUAAGAUUAUGGAAGGGUUGGACAGUCCCUACUCUGACAUUGAUUCAGUACCACAGAUCCGCAGAUGUCCCAAAAGCUCUGAGCGAAUAUCAAAUAUUGAACAAUCAAACUUAACCCCAAGUCAGCUUCCUAUUACAAAUGACAAAGAAAUAAAAAAGAAUGUGGAGAAACAGGGUGGCCUUUGGUUCAGUAAAACAGGGAAAGGUCAAGUCAAUGGGGGACUUGGUCGUGCUGGAAUUAAAUCUGUGAAUUGUUCCUUCGGAAAGGUAUCUUGUAAAAUUAAGAUGCCAGAUUCAGCAAGCAUGAAAUCCAAGGACAAUCACAUCACCGGACUUGAACAUCUAUCUACCGAAGCCAGGAAAGCUCUCGGUAGGAGAGUGAAGUGCCUUCCAGCAAGUAGUCGCCUCAUGACGAGAGCACUGAAGGCGAUGGAGGAGGCAGAGUGGAUGAAGAAACAACUGGUAAACCAAGAGUCAACCUCAAAUGUUGAUAUAGAGAAUUGUGUAUCUUCUUCUGACUUUACAUUACCUGAAGCAACAGAUGUAGACAACAGUGGCUCUUCACAGAAGAUGCCAACUACAGCAAGCAGUGAUCUGAAAGAGGACUCAAACAUUAGCACAUGCACCCAGCUGUCAUCCGAUCCUCUGAGUUGUAAAGACAAUGAACAUUUAGUCAAAUCUGAAGAUGAAGCUUCUUUGAUAUCUCAAGCACCUGUUGCCUUUCAUUCAUCCAAAUUCAAACAAGAGAGUCACAUUUCUAAUUUAUCUUCUAGUUCUACACCAAAUUUGUGCUUAAAUAUGGAAGAUAUGGAGAACAUGAAAGAAAUAACCUUCAAAUCACUAGCAAAUGAACACAGUGGCCAACCUCUGUUGUUUCAUCCUAAUGCAAACUAUAAGUUUAGCACAUUCCUAAUGAUGCUUAAGGAUGUACACGAUAGCCGGGAAAAAGAUGGAACAGCAUUGGUAAUAGAACCGUUACCCAAAAAUGAACUUAUUAAAGAGGAGCCAUCACUGAUUCCAAACAUGAAGGAUGAGCUGACCACAGGAAACACAGUAGCAGCACAAAAAUGUCAACAGGGCAAAAUCACAUCCAAACAGAAGAAGAUGAAGCUGAAAUCUGGGACCAAUAUUAUCCCAGAAAAUCAGUUAAACUCUACAUUUUCAAAAAAUGCUCAAAGUCUUAGUAAAAAAAUGAGUUCAAAAAAGAAAACCACUGAGGUUACAGCAAACACCCACUCCAAAGAUGCAUUUGACAAACUGAUAUCUGAGCAUCACCUGCCCUCAGAGGAACCAGAGACCAAGUUCUCAGCAAAUGUGCCCAAAAAGCGUUGGCAGAAGUUUGACCAAGUCAGUAACAAAGCAUUGCAUGCAGACGAAGGUAGUUGUAUUCAAGAAACAGAAAGAUUGCCCUCAGAAAAUUGUGACAUUUUGGUGGGUGGCACAAAUAAGUCUUGUUCUUUUUUGCCUGAGAAGGCAACUUCCAUCAGUGCAUCAGAAAAUUCUCAAGCCAACUGUCAAAAAAAUGACACCCCUACAGAAUGUAAACGUAUUAGAAAACCUAGCAAAAGACUCAUAGAAUGGACAGAAGAAUAUGAUCAAUUGUUUUCUACUAAGAAGAAAGCAAAAAAGAAACCUGAGUCGUUUAAUAAGGUCGAAAACCACAACUGCAGUGGCCCAGUGGAGAAAACAUCUGGUGAAAGUAUUCAGAAUCCUCAGGUAACAGAACAAGGUAUGUCGAGGCCCCUGCCAGAAUUACAGACUCCUCCUCCAGAAGACCUGUCUCGGAGCACUCCUUCAAUAAAUACCACACCAUGUCAAGAGAGUCAAGUGUUGUCUGUUGACACGCUAACUCCACCUCCAGAAACAAUCCCAUCACCAUGUGCUGAAAUGUGCCAUAGGGAGCAGCUUCAAAGACAAAAUGCUUUAGCCAUUGGUGAUGGUGUGUGUUUAAGCACAAAGAGACAACGAAAACCCACCAAAAAGAUUCUAGAAAGCUCCAUUGAAGCUGAACCAAUUCUCAUCCCUAAAAGAAAGGUGAAGUCACAGAAGAUUUGCUCAUCUGGACAAUCUACAAGAUCAGGGAUGGGACAACAUUCAUCAAAAAGUAAGAACAAGCUGUCUUCUGAGUCCAUCGACACACCAACUGACCCAAUACUAAAAAGCACAGAGCUGGAUAUAAAAGUUGCCCCCGCAAUGCCUCAUACAGUUAACCCAGAAUCAGCUGAGGAUGGCUCUGAUGUUCUCAGAUGCUCAAGUUCAGAGAUGUUUGAAUCUAGUUAUGGCUUGUGUUCUGAAAGAGAAGAAAAAUCACAAUCUGAUGAAGGACUACCGGAUAAUAAAAGACUGCCAGAGGAGAAAGGUGGCAGCAUCUUAUUCAUGGAAAAUGUGUGUCAGGCGUGUGAGAAACAGGGAGAUCUCCUUCUGUGUGAAGGGCAAUGCUGUAGGGCAUUCCACCCACAAUGCACUGGUCUGAACGAGCUUCCCACAGGAAAGUUUUUAUGUCAGGAGUGCACGUCUGGUAUACACUCAUGCUUUGCUUGUAAGAGCUUGGGUGAGGACGUCAGGCGCUGUAUGCUUCCUGGAUGUGGGAAGUUCUACCAUGGGGAGUGCGCUGCCAGCCAUGCACCCACUGUACCUCUGAACCGGGCCUUUCGUUGCCCUCUACACGUCUGCCUGUCGUGUUUCAUCACAAACCCUACCAAUCCAUCCAUAUCUAAAGGCCAGCUAACCUGCUGUAUCAGAUGCCCUGUGGCAUAUCACGCCAACGAUUACUGCGUACCUGCUGGGAGUGUCACGCUCACAGACAGCAACAUAGUGUGUCCCAAUCACUUCACACCAAGAAAAGGCUGCCGCAACCACGAGCAUGUCAACGUCAGCUGGUGCUUCGUCUGCUCAGAAGGAGGUAGUCUACUGUGUUGUGAGUCAUGUCCUGCAGCAUUUCACAGAGAGUGUUUGAACAUCGACAUGCCAGAAGGCAGCUGGUACUGCAACGACUGUCGUGCUGGAAAGAAACCACACUACAAGGAGGUAGUGUGGGUGAAAGUGGGCCGCUACAGAUGGUGGCCAGCGGAAGUUAGCAAUCCCAAAAACAUUCCUGAGAAUAUCCUCCGCAUGAGACAUGAUGUUGGAGAGUUCCCAGUUCUUUUCUUUGGUUCUAACGACUACCUGUGGACUUACCAAGCUCGUGUUUUCCCUUACAUGGAGGGUGAUGCCAACAGUAAAGAGAAAAUGGGAAAGGGAGUUGACUCUACCUAUAAGAAAGCUUUGGAAGAAGCUGCACUAAGAUUCAAAGAACUGCAGGCCGAGAAAGAACUGCGGCAGCUCCAGGAGGACCGACGAAAUGACAAGAAACCUCCACCAUACAAACAUAUUAAGGUGAACAAACCAAUUGGCAAAGUGCUGAUCAUCUCGGCAGACCUUUCGGAGAUUCCCCGCUGCAACUGCAAAGCAUCAGACGAGAACCCCUGCGGUAUGGAUUCAGAGUGCAUCAACCGCAUGCUGCUGUACGAAUGUCAUCCACAGGUUUGUCCCGCAGGGGAGCGCUGCCAGAACCAGUGCUUCACCAAACGGCAGUACUGCCAGGUGGAGAUCUUCAGGACACUGUCUCGAGGCUGGGGGCUGCUCUGUGUGCACGACAUUAAAAAGGGAGGAUUUGUUAACGAAUAUGUUGGAGAGGUGAUUGACGAGGAAGAAUGCCGUGCCCGGAUUAAACAUGCUCAGGAGAACAAUAUCGGCAAUUUCUACAUGCUUACAUUGGACAAAGAUCGAAUUAUUGAUGCCGGGCCCAAGGGAAAUGAAGCCCGUUUUAUGAACCACAGUUGCCAGCCGAACUGCGAGACCCAAAAAUGGACGGUCAAUGGAGACACGCGUGUUGGGCUUUUCGCGCUUACGGAUAUUCCUGCUGGCACAGAGUUAACAUUCAACUAUAACCUUGAGUGUCUGGGCAAUGGGAAGACCGUGUGCAAGUGUGGUGCAUCUAAUUGCAGUGGAUUCCUGGGAGUAAGGCCAAAAAACAACCCCCCAUCAGACGAUAAAGGCCGUAAGCUGAAGAAGAAGUCCCAGAUGAAGCGCAAAUCCCAGCAGGAAGUAAUCAAGGAGCGGGAGGAUGAAUGCUUUAGCUGUGGAGAUGGAGGACAGAUUGUGUCCUGCAAGAGGCCAGGCUGUCCUAAGGUUUACCAUGCCGACUGCCUCAAUCUCACCAAGAGACCUGCAGGCCGUUGGGAGUGUCCCUGGCAUCAGUGUGACUUGUGUGGACAGGAAGCAGCUUCCUUCUGUGAGAUGUGCCCUAGUUCCUAUUGUGUCGAACAUCGAGAUGGCAUGCUUUUCAUAUCCAAACUGGAUGGGCGAUUGUCAUGCAGCGAGCACGACCCCUGUGGCCCCGAGCCCCUGGAGCCUGGUGAGAUCCGGGAAUGCCCUGCAGAACUCGUGACAACGUACCCUAUAAACCUCAUCAGAGCUGCCAAAACCAAAACCACAACCCUAAACACCACGGCUGUCCCGCAGGCUCCCUCUCCCCCUGAUAUAGCCCCUCAGGUCUCAUUUAGCCCCCCCAGUAGCCCUCUACCACUUAACAUCUCUUUAAACUGUGCAUAUUCACCCAUUUCUCCCUAUGGAGAAGAAAAAGAAGAAGAGGACGACAGUUUGAUGCGUUUAGAAAUGGAUGGUGAGAAAAGCGCAUCUCCAGAUAAUUCGGAAAGACUAAGGAUAAAGAAGAAAACCGAAGUAUGAAGGUUUAAUUUAUUGACUAUCGAAGCAAACUGACAUGUGGUUUAAAUGUCCCAACAGACCUCUUUUUAGCCAUGUUCUUGUUUUCUCAAACUACUUUCACUGAGGGUAUCUGGUGUAAUUUGAGUUCCAAUCACUACAACUUACUUGAAGAUGGCACUCAAAAAAAAAGUUUGCAUCUCCAUCUGUUAUCACUUGCAGAUUUUAUGAGGUUGAUUUUAAGGAAGAUGAAGAUGACAGUGCUUAUAAAAAAAGAUUCAAAUGAUGAUUGAACAGUAUCUUCUUCAUACAAUGCCAUCAACAGUUACAACAUCAUAGGACGUCAUGAGAUUUUGGCCAUCUUAUUAUUUCUUGCUACAUCUGGCACUAUGAAAGAUGUUAAACAUCACAAAAACGCAACAUUGAAGAGAAUGAAAAUACAGUAUUGAGGGAAGGGAAUAUAUUUUUCCAAGGAAAUGCCAUUGCCUUCUUCAUCGAGUCAAAUAAUAAUGACUAUAAAUAAUAAGUACCGUUACCAAAACUCAUUUGCUCUGUGAGCAAAUGGUACAUAACCUAAGCUUAGGUUCAAUUUUACUAUUGAAUAAGUGGUUGAUAUAUUCAAAUCCAAAGUAUACUUUGGUUUUUACAAACAAAUGCUACAUGCAUACAGUGCGUGUGACGUAAAUUUCAUCACCAGCCCAAUUUUUGUAACCGUGUGUACUUAAUUUGCGCUAAUAAUCUGGUACACAAAGUAGCAACACUGGGCUGAACUGUUUGAAACUAAAAAGAAACGUAAGAGAUGGAACAACAAACUACCGAAGACCACAUUAACAACAGAAAUGCACAUUGAUGAGCGAUUGCGUGAGAAGGUUUAGAGAUAUCGCAACUCUAGUUUAAAAGAGUACAAAGAGUGUAGAUUCUAGAGAAAAACAGCACGGACAUUAGAUAAAGAUGAAAAUGUCUAGUGAAUGUGUCAACCGCCUAUGUUGGCAUAAGUUAUCAAAUUGACUAUACUUUGAAAGGCUAUGCGUUUGGCAUAUGCUAAGCAUUUGCAUUAAAACUGAAAUAUACUUUGGUGAUGGUAAUUAAUAAAAUUAAAAUAUCGGUGUCUUGAUCCUGUAUUUUUUUCACAUCGUAUUAUAGAGCCUGCUGUUAAAAUGACUUCAAGACUAUCGGUUUGUUGAAGCACUUUUGUAUAAUAAUCCAAAAUUCGCCUGCUAACAUGUUUAGACAAAGGCAAGAAUGCUUGUAAUUUAUUUGAGAUAAUUUUAGGAGAAUUCCCAGAAAUGUCUCCGAAUUAAUCUUAGCCAAAUUGUCACAAAAUUUUCUGGUGUAAAUUGUGCUGUAAAUUUAAAGGUGAACAGUGUGAUUUUUGAAACACUUGUGGCAUCCAACAGUUACAAAACAUUCAAACAAACAGGAAGUUCUGUCCCAACUCACACCAGUGGUUGAGCCAGAAGUUUAAAUGUUGGCUGCUCAACCAGAGCAAACUUAUGAAAGCGCAACUAUGAGGUCUAGUUAGAUGAAAAAUAUGAGCUGUUCUAUCCUGUUGUACGUUUUUAUACAUUUCAGCUAAAAGGGAGAAAGUAACAGACUUUGCAAUUCUGAUAAUGAAACACUCCCAGCCAAGUCUUUGUCAUUUGUUGACUUCAUGUUAAAUCAACAUACAAUUUGAACUGAGACUGCAAGUGUAAAACACUAGAAGACAAGUCCUCUAUCAUCAUUUGUGAAGCUAAUGUAUUGGACAAAUGAUAUUGGCCUGUUGCAUGUCUACACUCCUGAAUUUCCUCUUCUGGUUUUCCUGACCCCCAUCUAACUGAUCAUGUGUUCAUGUUGAACAGCAUUUUAGCUUUUAUUUUUACUGUAUUCAUGUAUAGCAAUGUUAACUUAUUAGUUUUCUUGCUGCUCCUAGAGUCAUUUCACUUCAGUAUAUUUCAGACAAAUUAUCAAGCGAAAGGGUAAAAAAAAUCUGUUGCCUUGUCAGAGAUUUUAAUUGUGCUGUAGUGCUUUGUACAGAAUAAACAACAGUACACACUU